GUCUAUGGAAGACAUUGGCAACAUAGAAGAAAACAGCAUCUGUCGACUGUCAUGUCAUGUCAUUUGAUCAAUGUUAGGAAAAUUGAUAAAUUAAUAUUAUUUUACACACCGCAGUAAAGUAAUGGCGAGUAUAGAACUAGAUAUUUGGCGAGGAGAAUGGGGCCUUGCUUCGAUAGAUUUAGAAUGUCUCAAAGUUUUAACCUAUAUGAAAUUUAUUGGAGUACCUGUAAGAGUUCGAGAAGCAAACAAUCCAUUUUUCACGCCCAAAGGGAGGCUCCCUGUCAUGAAAGAUGGACGCAAGCUACUCACAAACUUUGAGGAAGUUGUCGAUCAUUUAAAAUCCUUGCACUACAGCACAGAUGUACAUCUAAACACGAAGCAGGCAGCAGAGGCCAGUGCAUUUACACAGUAUUUAAGAGAGAAACUUUACCCUGCAUACCAGUAUGCAUGGUGGGUAGAUGAGAAGAACUAUUGUGAUUUAACAAGACCAACAUACGCUAAGGCACUUUGUAUACCCUUCAAUUUCUACUAUCCAUCACAUUAUCAGAAUGCAGCAAAAGAGAUGAUUGAUGCGUUAUAUGGAGAACACACAGACUUAAGGGAAAUUGAGAAAACACUAUACAAUGAAGCAGAGAAGUGCCUUAAAACAUUAUCAGAUAGGUUGGGAGAGAGUGAAUACUUCUUCGGUAACCGACCUUCAUCAUUCGAUGCCACAGUCUUUGCAUACCUUGCUCCACUCGUGAAGGCACCAUUCCCUAACGCCACAUUAGCUAAUCAUGUCAAAGGCAUAGCUAACCUCUCCAGAUUUGUCGCUAGAAUUAACCAAAAGAAUUUUAGACAUGUUACUGAUGAAUACAAUAGACAGAAUGCCAAAAAGCAAUCUACAGGCACACAAUCAGAUCGUGAAGCAGCUAACUUCCCAAAUCAGACCCGCAACAAGAUCCUUGCAGCUCUGUUUGCAGCCAUAGCCAUGACAGGGUAUGCGGUGGCAAACGGCAUGUUCCAGCGCUGGGCGACGUGGAGUUGGCAGAGGACGAUGCUGGCGAACAAGUUCCGGAUCGCCAAGAGACAUUACGACAAAAUAACUAAACUAAAGGCGGCCAAAGCUAGCGACGACUCCAAACCGUUAUAAUUCUUCAGUCUUAGUUUUUAUUAUUUAAAUAUUAAUUUUAUUGCAAAGUGAUAUCUAUCCAAAAAUUAUGGUAUUUUUCAAGUGAUUAUAAUAUUAUUUUUAUGCACCUAAGCGUAAGUGUAUCUAUAGCAAUUUCUAUAGAUAUUCUAUAAGAAAAUACAAAACUAGGUGCUAAUUAAUGCGGUGUCCCAUAUAAGCGAGAAAAAUACGGUGCGAUGCAACAUGUAACGUCGCGUUCGCAACGCGAUAAAAUCAAUAGGAGUCCUUAGUUUGUGUCCUAUGUGGUAGUUUGUGGUGAGAGGCGACAUAAGACUUACUUGUUUUAAAGGCCGCGACACCACGAAAUUUCAUUGUUCUUCUCCAUGAUAUUUGAAAAAAUAUAUAUAGAGUCGCGUCUCGUCGCAUACUGCUACAUAGUUACCUAUGCGUCUGUGUAGAUAAUAAAGAAUCACGUAGGACAUCCUGUUCAUUACUAAGGUCAUUUAAAAUCCAAUGCUGCGCCUAUAUUAUUUAUAAUGACUAGAUUCUAUAAUCUUAUUAUAGAACUUAUUUUUUAGCUGUUGAUUCCUUGAGAUACAGGUUUUAAUAACCUAAUGAAGUCUCAUUAUAGCCUUAAAAGCCUGAUUGAGGUACAAAUUUUAAAAAUAUACAUUAUUCAAAUUAGAGUGUGCAUGUGUUCCUAAAUAUUGAUAAGAGCCGAGAUUUUGUAUCGGGUUCGAGUUUAUGAAUAUUAACUUUUAUCUAGUACUUAAGGAUUGUAUUGUGCAAUAUUGCCUAAAGUAAAUAUUAGGUUCUUAGAUCUGAUUAUGUGAACAGAAUAUGUUUAUGCUAUUCCUGGGAUUAAUAAUAAGUUGGUUUAAUUAUCCAAUGGACGAGUGAUCCGUCCAACAGAGAUAACACUAUACAAAAAUAGUAAAACAAUUUAUUUUUAGCUCUAAGUCAAGUGUUCGCCGACAUUACCUAUAGUCAUAAUUAUAUUUUCUUAGAAUUUUGACAAUUGUUAAUUGUGAUUUUAAAAGACAAAUUAUGUACCUCUUAUAACUAAAAGACAAGUAACCAUAAUUGUAUAUGAUGCUAAAGUGUUGGGUGUUUAAAUAAAACGAGUACAAUAUCU